UUUCUCAGGUAAAUCACUGUUAUCACUCUACCUUGGAGAAGUUGAAUGGUAAAACCUUUUUAAUUGAAACUGUGGCUUGGUUGGACAAAAUUUCUUUAAUUCUUCAUCAGUUCAACACGAGUGCAUACCUCAAGCUAUUUUGGGAAUGGAUGUCAUUUGCCAAGCAAAAUCCGGAAUGGGGAAAACUGCUGUGUUUGUUCUCUCAACAUUGCAGCAGAUUGAACCAGUUGCAGGUCAAGUUGCUGCUCUUGUUCUAUGUCAUACGAGGGAGUUAGCUUACCAGAUCUGUAAUGAAUUUGAGCGGUUCAGCACAUACUUACCAGACAUUAAAAUUUCUGUUUUUUAUGGUGGUGUCAACAUCAAAAUCCACAAAGAUCUUCUGAAGAAUGAAUGUCCUCACAUUGUUGUUGGUACUCCUGGAAGGAUACUUGCUCUAGCUAGAGACAAAGACCUUUCAUUGAGAAAUGUGAGGCAUUUCAUAUUGGAUGAAUGUGACAAGAUGCUCGAGUCUCUGGACAUGAGGAGAGAUGUUCAGGAGAUUUUCAAGAUGACUCCACAUGACAAGCAAGUUAUGAUGUUUUCUGCUACACUGAGCAAGGAGAUCCGACCAGUUUGCAAGAAAUUUAUGCAAGACGUAAUGUCCUGUGGCCAGUCUACUUGAAUUUUUAGAAGUCUAUUUUUAUUCCUUUACUCGCAACUUUCUGCAGGCAAUACUUGGUCAAGAAUGCAGUGGUUAAAAAUAUUGCAUCUAGCUAAGCCAUGUGUUUAAUUAUCCUACUGACACAAAGUGAUGCUUGAUGUAAAUAUGCUUGGUAGAGAGGGUAUUGGUUUUUUUAUGCAUAAUGGUAAUCAAGGUUCUCUGUAUCUAGUAAAAGUUUUUUAUUCUUCCUUCAGGCCUUUGUUUCACUUUCAAUUUAUAGUUUUCUAUCAGAUAAGAGUUGAGGAUUUUAGUGGGAGAUGGCGGUGUAUAUCCGGCGUGUUUGAUCAGUUUCAUUAUGUUGAGCAUCAGUGGUGGCACUAGUUAGUCUGUGUAGGAAAUUUUC